GAGGGGGAAGGGGGAGAGAGAGAGAGGAGGGGAAAGACGGGGGAGGGGGGGCUGCAAAGAGAGAGAGAAAGAAAGAAAGAAAACGGCAGGAACAACAAACCGCACCAGGGCAGCAGCGGCAGCGGCACCCGGAGCCGCCGAGGCAGCAGCCGCCGCCGCCGCCGCCGCAGCAGCAGCAUCGCCCGGGUCCCUCGCUCCGGCUCCUCUCCCCCAAACCCGAGCUACCCACCUCCCCCUCCCCCUCCCCCUUCCCCCUCCCCCUCCCCUUCCCCUCCCUCCUCUCUCUCCCCGGCAGCCCUCAGCGAGAAGCUCCGCUCCCCCAGCACUUUCCGGGCCCUGAGAUAUGGCAAUGGUAGUUAGCAGCUGGCGAGAUCCGCAGGAAGACGUGGCCGGGGGGAACCCAGGCGGCCCCAACCCCGCAGCCCAGCCCGCCCGGGAGCAGCAGCAGCAGGCGGGUUCGGCCGCCCCGCACACCCCGCAGACCCCGAGCCAGCCGGGACCUCCGUCCACCCCAGGCACGGCGGGGGACAAGGGGCAAGGCCAGCCCGGCUCGGGCCAGAGCCAGCAGCACAUCGAGUGCGUGGUGUGCGGGGACAAAUCGAGCGGGAAACACUACGGCCAAUUCACCUGCGAAGGCUGCAAAAGUUUCUUCAAGAGGAGCGUCCGCAGGAACUUAACUUACACAUGCCGUGCCAACAGGAACUGUCCCAUAGACCAGCAUCACCGCAAUCAGUGCCAAUACUGCCGCCUCAAGAAGUGUCUCAAAGUGGGCAUGAGGCGGGAAGCGGUUCAGCGAGGAAGAAUGCCUCCAACCCAACCCAACCCAGGCCAAUAUGCCCUCACCAAUGGGGAUCCCCUGAACGGUCACUGCUAUCUGUCUGGAUACAUCUCACUGCUGCUGCGGGCCGAGCCCUACCCUACCUCCCGCUACGGCAGCCAGUGUAUGCAGCCCAACAACAUCAUGGGCAUAGAGAACAUCUGCGAGCUGGCCGCCCGCCUACUCUUCAGCGCCGUCGAGUGGGCCCGCAACAUUCCCUUCUUCCCGGACCUGCAGAUCACAGACCAGGUGGCCCUGCUGCGGCUCACGUGGAGCGAGCUGUUUGUCCUCAACGCGGCGCAGUGCUCCAUGCCCCUCCACGUGGCCCCGCUGCUGGCCGCAGCGGGCCUGCACGCCUCGCCCAUGUCCGCCGACCGGGUCGUGGCCUUCAUGGAUCACAUCCGAAUCUUCCAGGAGCAGGUGGAGAAGCUCAAGGCCCUGCACGUCGACUCCGCGGAGUACAGCUGCCUCAAAGCCAUCGUCCUCUUCACAUCAGACGCCUGUGGCCUGUCAGAUGCCGCCCAUAUCGAGAGCCUGCAAGAGAAGUCUCAAUGCGCCCUGGAGGAGUACGUGAGAAGCCAAUACCCCAACCAACCGAGCCGCUUCGGCAAACUGCUGCUGCGGCUGCCUUCUCUGCGCACUGUCUCAUCCUCAGUCAUUGAACAGCUCUUCUUCGUUCGCUUGGUAGGUAAAACCCCCAUUGAAACUCUCAUCAGAGAUAUGUUACUGUCUGGGAGCAGCUUCAACUGGCCUUACAUGUCCAUCCAGUGUUCCUAGACCUGAGACAACACCGCCCCUGGUCCCUGAGCCCCCAGUAGAGACACAGAGGACGAGGCUUUGGCCAAGGACACCAAACACAGACAGAAACGGUCGAACUUGUUAACGCCGGGGUGCAAAUGGUGAAAGGUGGGGAGCGAGGGAGGGGAGAGAGGUGAGGGAUCGAAGCAGAACCAAUCCAGCAGAAAUAUAUAUUAAAAUAAAAAAAGGAAAAAGACUCAUUUAGAAUCAGAUCUGUGAACACAUUGAAAAGGAAAUGAAAAGGACCUUGUGUCUAUGGGGGAAAAAUGAAGAAAGGACCAUGGGGAUUUUAAUAAAACAGAAGGAGAAUAAUGGACCUUCCAGGAUUUAUUGUGGACUGAUGUGUGGAUAUAUACUGUACAGAAAAAAAAAACAUCGAAGCGAACUGAAGCCUAUGUAGAAACACACAAAAACACUUACCACGAACAUUGUUAUUCAUUUUGUAAAAUAUUAGUCUUUAUUUUCAUUUUUUGUAAAAAUUUAAAACAUCGUAUGCGCAUAAAGAAAAACAAGAAUUAGGGGGAAAAUAACAUUUUCCAAAUAAUUAUAAAAAAAUUGUCCUGUGUCUAUGUAUCUAUAUCUGUUUUGUAUUUUUUUCUGGUUCCAAACCAGGUUUCCUGUGAUUCUAUACUAAUAAUUUUUGAUAUAACCCUUUGCUUCUUAUAAUGAGUGCGAUAUAUGUUGUCGAAGCUGUUCUUCAAGAAUUAAAAUUGAAGUGAGAAUUUAAACAAAAAUAAAAGAUUUAGC